CAGUCACACUGGUGUUCGCAACUCGCUGAAUAAAUACUUACAAAAUAUAAUGAAUUAAGGAAAAGUCGCAAGCAUUGAAAGAAACGUGAAUGGCAAAAGAUUAAGGCUACAUUGUGUAGAAAUCCAUAAUCAAUUAAAGCAACGCAAACAUGCUGGAGGGAUGGUACUGCCGAUCGUUGGCCAACCAAAAGGCCACAACAGGAAAUAUAGAGCAAGAAAGUGAUGAUGAGCUUCAAACCAAGCCAUCUGCGGCAGUUUCCGGACAAGUCCCAGGUGCCUCUAGCUCUGCAUCCACGGGAACAGCAAAUGUUAACGUAGAUUACAAGGAGCGCUACAGGAAUUUGAAGCGCAAAUUAAAAUUCCUCAUCUAUGAAAAUGAAUACUUUCAGGAUUUGUUGCAUACAAAUCAACGACGCCUGCUAAAAGUCUCCCGCGACCGAUCAUUUCUGAUUGAUCGCUUGUUGUUGUACGAGAAACCAGCCAAAGACUCGAGUGACAGUGAUGCCACUGAUAGCUCCAAUUCAGACGCAGAACCCACGACGUCCACAUCAACGGGCAUGCAAAUACCUAAUACACUUGACGCCACAAAGGAGGCAGCUGCUCUGCGCAAGAAACAUAAGGAAAAGAUUGAUGCCAAGAUGACAGGGCCACCUACACAGCAAUUAGUUGUGAGUGGCGCAACCCGUGGGCGAAAACGUAAAGUCUUGCCAAGCGGUGGCGGCAUUGUUCAUCAACAACUGAGCAAAAAGCCGCUUAUAACGACAGCAACUGUUUCACCUUCUCUCCAACAUCAGCACCAAGUGGGUGCCAGCAACACACUAAGUACAGCAGAGAUAACCCGGCAAUUGCAAGAGCGUCGCCCCACGCCAAUUGAGCUGAUGAGUCCAGAGUGCGCCUCGGCCACAGUGCCAGCUACGAUGCUCAGCGAUGAGAGUCCCUCAAAGCUCUAUCCAAAUGAGAGCUUACAACAUUUAAUGGAGGACGAUUCACCGUCCCAUGUGGCAGCUGAGGAGUGUGUGCCUAUGGUGUAUACCACUUAAUUGACUACUUAAAUAACUAAUAUUAAAAUCACAAAUACAUCGCUUAGUUAAUACAACUGAUUAAGACCACA